CGAUGUUUUCUUGUAGUGGUUACACAUCAAGCAUUUGGUAAGAAGCAAUUGAAUAUGGAGUGAGAGAGAGAUUGUUCAACUGCAAGUUAAUAAGAGAAUGUGGGGGGGGGGGGGGGGGGGUAAAGAGAGAGAAAAAAAGUACACAGUAGAUGAGGACAAUGAGACUUUUUUUGGGUCGAGCUUUCAAACUUAGUUUUUGGACAGUGAGGCUUAGUUUUCAAACUUGUUCUUUGUUUUGGCUUUUAUUGGUCAUAUUAUACUCUUCAUAUAUAGAUGAUCUACAUAGCUCUUUUUUUUUUUUUCAACGAAUGAUCUACAUAGCUCUCUGUGUUGAUUCUUAGCUUUCAAAGGUAGCUUUUGCCACAAGUGAAGUGACAACUUUUUGUAUAUUAAUUUACACACACACAAAUAUAUAUAAGGUAUACAUAGAUGGUGUGUAAAUAAGACAAAGCUAUAACUGAAAAUCUUAGGACCAAAAAAAAAAUCUUAGGACCAAGAAUGGAGGCAUAACCAAUGGAAAGGGGAACCACAUUGUCAGCUUUGUGGAGUUUUGGGGGACCAUUAAAUUACGUUUCACUCUUUCUCUUUCACAUUCUUAAGCUUAACUUUGACAAAAAUAAGUACCCCCACCGUAUAAAUUAUUAAUACAUGACAUUGCAAAUAUUAUAUAAAAAUCUCAUAAAUCUUCUUUUUCUUUUCAGCUACAUCUAUUUUCCACGUCUAGAAAAUCAGUCAAUUAAGACGGUGGUAUCAAUGUUAAUGCCACAAGUAGACUUAUGUAAAUGUUAAAACGUUCCAAGUUUAGAAGAUCCUGUUAAAAUAGUUAGUCUAAAUAAAAUGUGAUUAUCAUUUAUUGGUUUUAUACAUCUUUAAUUACUUAAGAAAAAAAUAUUUAUUCCUAUCAUCUUAUGACUAGAUUUAUAUUGAAACCUCUAUCUCUUUAGUAAAUAAAUUUCUUUUUAAUCUAAAUUGGCACAUGGUCUGAAAUUUUUCAAAGUGUCCUGGUAUGUUCUUAAUUCAAAGAAAAAUAGUUAUCCGAAAAUAUUUGUUAAAAUUCCAAGCUUGACCCCUUGGAUACAACAAAAUAUGUUAACCUAUACAAAUGAGAGAAAUAAUAUGGAUGAUGUUGAUGAUGUGCAUGUAAGACAAAACUAUAUCACACUUUCCUUUACAAUCUUUGCAUUCCAAAACAAAAGGUACAGUUGGGCUGCUCCCUUGUUAGGUGAAAAAAUCUCACACAACACACACACACACAUCUCACUCUCUCUCCACGCUAUGUCUAUAUCUCCCCUAAAAUAAUGCAUCCAACAAUAUAUAUUGCUUUGGAGUACACUGCAUGCUCUCAUAGUCUCACAGUUUGUUGCUCCUCCAAAAAAGGUUAUUAUGCCCUAGUUUUCUUUUCAAUUUCUCCGUCAUAUUAGAUCAUAUAUACCUUUCAUGCUUUUUAGCCGUCUCUCAUAUCAUCUUAUACAUAUUAAGAUUCACAAGAACUGAGAGAAAAUGGAAUGGACAACGACAAGAAACUUAGAAAACGUGAGAGUUGCUUUUAUGCCACCGCCAUGGCCGGAGUCAAGCUCAUUUAACUCGCUCCAUAGCUCCAACUAUGAUCCUUAUUCAGGAAAUUCAUGCACACCGACAGAUGCGCAAAUCGGACCGGUUAUCUCUGUACCGGAAUCAGAAAAGAUAAUCAAUGCGUACCAAUUUCCAAGCUACGACAACGAGAUGAUAAAGAAGAAGAGACUAACGAGUGGACAAUUAGCUUCACUUGAACGGAGCUUUCAAGAAGAGAUCAAACUAGAUUCAGACAGGAAGCUGAAGCUGUCGAGAGAGCUUGGUUUGCAGCCACGUCAGAUCGCGGUUUGGUUCCAGAACCGCCGUGCACGGUGGAAGGCGAAGCAGCUUGAGCAGCUAUACGAUUCGCUCAGGCAAGAGUACGAAGUUGUUUCUAGAGAGAAGCAGAUGCUGCACGAGGAGGUGAAGAAGCUAAGAGCUCUACUAAGAGACCAGGGAUUGAUCAAGAAACAGAUCUCCGGUGGUGAAGACAUGACGGAGAUUCCAUCGGUGGUGAUAGCUCAUCCAAGAGAAGAAAAUUUAAACAACAAUCAAAUCAAUGGAGAAAAUCAAAUUUACGUUGUUGAUCAGUACAACAACCCGAUGCUCAUCGCUUCCUCUUGCUGGCCCCCUUUCCCGUAAUAGCUUGUGCUUAUCUUAGAGGGAGAGAGAGACAUUAAUGUUAGAUUAAGACACGCUUUAAUUUUAUAUCACUGCACUUUCUUAAAACAUAAAUGGAACGUUCUUGUGUCCCAAGCCAAAUAAUAUAUUCACUAGAUUUUGAUCCGCGCAUAGAAAGCGCGGGUUUAUUUUUGAAAUUAAAUAAAUUCUUCUUAUAUAAGAGAUAAUGUAUAAGUUUGAGUACAUUUAUCCGAGUGCACUGAACCGUACCAAACUGGAAAAAAAAAUUCAAAAUUAAGCUGAAUUCUAUAAAUAAUCGAGCAUAGAAAAAAUAGAAACGAAAGUAAGGACCAAAUGAGUACUUAAAUUUUUAAAAUACAAAUUAUAUACCUAUUAAACAUAACUAAACCAUUGAAAAUUUAUACUAUUAAUAGAAUUAUAUGUGGUAAUGAUCACAUUUGAAUAAUCUAUCAUAUAUUCAUAUGGAUUUAUUGUUAGAGCAAUUAUAUAAUAGAUUA